AUGGAUCUCACACAAACAUUAGAAGACAUCGAAGAUGCUGACGAAGCUUUGCAAUAUGAAGAGAUGGAUACGGAUACUGAAUACGAAAAUGAAUAUGAAUACGAUGACUUUGAAGGGGAAGAGAAAGACAUUGUCAUGGAAGAAGAGGAGAAAGACAUCGAAACAGAAUCAGAAGUUAUCGACGAAACCGACAUAAUGACGGGUUAUACAAUAGAAUACGAAGCGAGAAAGACGAAGAAAUUAACGGCUGAGGAUGAAGAAAAGAGGAAACACUUGCGGCAUCUAAUCGGUAUACAGGAGCAUGUCAAAAAAAAAACGGACGACGAUGUGUCCGAGGAAACACCGAUCACACCGGAAGACGAAGUAACCGACGUGAGCGACCGAGUAUCCACCGAGAGCUCGGUUCAUCCGUGUCUGCGCGAGAUAGACAUCAGCGAUUCCCAGUUGAAACUAGUGAAUCCAUACACGGUGUACCAAAUACCGGGCGAUCCCGGAUUGCUACCAGCUUUCUGGCUGUUGCACGAACCUCCGCCAAUUUACAGCGCGGAUGGAGUGCAGAAAUUCUACGACAUAGUGAAGCAUUCAGAUCUGCGGCCGAUCAGUUCGUUAAGAAAAAUGCUCGUAAACGAUCAAGUAAAUCUGCGACACUACGGGCUCGAAUCGUCCGUGAUAAGAGCGAUUUGCGAGGCUUUGACGGAUAAUACUUACGUGCAGACAGUGGACCUCAAGGACAACAAACUAUCCCCGGACGUAUGCAAACAUUUAAACAAUUUGCUGCUUAAGAACAAUGUGAUAACCAGUCUGUCGCUAUCGGGCUGCCAAAUUGGCGCGAAUGGUGCAAGCAGAUUGUGCGAUGCGAUAUCGAUGAAUGCAACUCUGAAGACGCUCGAUCUCAGUAGCUGCCACAUCGGAAACGAGGGUUUCGAAUACAUCGCGUCCGCAUUGUCCGAUAAUCAAGGCUUGGAGAACGUUAAUCUGUCUGACAAUCGUCUGGAUGAGAAGUGUUCCGAAAAUUUGCAGAAUCUACUCUCGUACUCCCAAAUUUUGACACAUCUGGACUUGUCCUGGAAUUCUCUAUAUAGCUCUAAAACUUGGAAAGCUCUUAUCAAUGGGCUAAGGAAAAACGAGACACUACAUUCUCUGAAUUUAUCUUGGAACGCACUUGACGUAGAGUGCGUGCCUCAUCUGUGUAAAUUAUUAUCACGUUCACAAAGCAUCGAGAAGCUGGAUUUAAGCUGGAAUAGAUUUACCGAAAAAGAUGCUGUACCCAUCGCGGCAGCUCUAUCGAAAAAUAGUACGCUUCAGAAAUUACAUCUGGGAAACAAUCCUUUAGGAGCGCAAGGUGCUCUAGCUUUGGUGCGUGCAAUCACACCGCAUGUAUCACCCGACAGCGUUUUACAUCUUCUGGACUUGGAAAAUGUUUGGGCGAAUAAGGAUGUUCUUCAAGAAUUGGAGGAAAUCGAAAAGCAUAAACCAUGGGUCGUCAUCAAGUUGGGCGGUAUUCUGAGUAAUUACAAACUUGUUGGACCAAAUGUUAGAAGAAUACUUCUGGAAAGAGCGAAUUAUGAGGCGAUGAAACCGAAACGAAAGAGGCAACGACGCAACUUUGGCCACUUUGUGAUGUCGCUGAAGGAUAAAAGGAUUCCGCGAGGCAUGUUCGAGAUAGAAUCCUUUUUACACUUUUUAGACUUAGUUCUCACAAAUUUGUAAAAAAUAGAGAAUCCUGCUUCUACUUAUAAGAAUAUCUUUAAAUAAUUAUAAAGAAAUUUAUUUUUGUAGCAAGAUUUGUACAACUGGUAAAGAAUUUUAAAUUGAAGCUUUCGACAUCGCUCAUCAAUGAGAUUAUGAAUAUAUUUGAAGGACCACAACAUACUGUCGAUCAAGAGCUGUUAAAAUCAUUUUAUUUGAAAGAGUAUCCGGAAACAACAGCACCAUUACCAAAAUUAAAGAAAAAAAAAGAAAAUUUAAAACAUAAAAAUAGAAACACACAAAAGAUAUAAAAAACCAAACACACGAAAAAGUAAAUACAAGAGAAAUAUGGAAAAUGAAAAGAUAAGAAAAA